AUGUCUCUACCAUGUACUAUCGAAACAUGUAAAUGUAAAUCACGAGCAUUAUGCCAUUGUUGCAACACGAAUCUUUGUGCUGAUCAUUUGAAAGUACAUAUUGAUUUAAUAAAUUCACAAAUGAAUCCUCUUGUUGACGAAAUAAAUACUCUUGAUAAUCAAUUGUCGUUAUUAAAUGUUGAUGAAGUUAUUGAUAAAUGUCGUCAAAAAUUGGAUAAAUGGCGUCAUGAAUGUCAUGCUACAGUUGAUCGUUUUUAUGAAGAAAAAUGUCAAGAACUUCAACAACGUUGUGUUGAAAAAGCUGGUGAAAAACGAAAAAAAAUUCAUCAAUUAAAAUUAAAAACAAAUGAACUUAUUCGAGAACAAGAAGCUACAAAUGACGACAUUUCUUCAUUGAAAGCAACUAUUAAUGAUAUGAAACGUGACGUUAAUCAAUAUGAAGAGAAUGGCAUUGCAGUCGAUGUCGAUCCUUUAAUUAUUAAUCAAAAUUUAAUUUCUAUUGAACAAUCGACAUCGAAUGAACUUGAUAUAUCAACUCUUUCGUCACCUUAUCGAACAAUUGCUUGUUCCAAAGAUAAUUGGCCUACCAUGACUAGCAACGAUCAUUUUUUGUUAAUAGAUCAAUAUCCAAAUUUAUGUUUAUAUGAUAAACAAUUGACUCUUUUAAAAGAAUAUCCAUGGGAAUAUGAUUCCAUUCCUGAUAUGUGUUGGUCAUCGGCAUUAAACAGUUUUAUUAUCAUAACUGAAAAAAAUGGAGUCUUUCUGAUGAAUGAAAAUCUAACAUUACUUGAAUGUAUUCAAACGAUCGAAAAGAAACAAUGGUUGUCUUGUACAUGUUCAGAUUCAACUUUAUUUUUAACGACGAAUGAAUUCGGCUCUAAUAUUUUUCAAUUCAAUCUUUUACUGUCAUUUCAUUUGAUGAAACAGUGGAAAUCUCCUCAAAGUUGUAACUCCGACGAGCUCAUCAGUAAUAUUGCUUAUAACAAUGAAACACUUGCUUUAAUAAUAGAAAACAGAACCAACAACAAAAAGCGCAUAGAACUUCGAUCUUCAUCAACAUUCGAUCAACUCUGGUCAACCACGUUUGAUGCAUCAUAUCAUUAUGGACGCUGGGUAAAUCGUGUUUGUGUACUCAAAUAUAACGAAUGGCUUGUAAUCGAUCACAAAACUUCACAUCUUUUACAUGUUAGUAAAGAUGGACAAGUAAAGGCAAAGCGUUCAUACGAACCAACAGUUAACAAUGCUGUUGUAUUUGGUACAAAUAUAUUAGCUUUGAAAACGGCAGAUAACGUUAAUUGUUACAGAAUAUAA